UUGCUAUAACAAAUUCUCUAAUAUAUUUUCUAAUAAACAUUCUUUUAUAAAAAGAUUUAAAUAACAAAGGCCAUACAAAUUUUUCUUUACUUUAGUCUAGUUGGUAAUAGUCGUACGAUAGAAGUAGAAUUUUAAGUUGCUGAUAUUGAUAUGCCGAUUGACGUUUGUAAGGUACCCGAGACAGUCAAAAGGAGAGUAAAGAAACACGAGUGAGAAAUAUUUGUUUUCGGGAGAAUGUCAGAUUCAAUGGUAGAUGAAAGAGUUACGGAUGAAAUCGAAGCUUUAAAAGCAAUUUUAUUGGAUGACGAACUAAGCAUAAAAGAAAAUGACAGAGGAGAGCCAGAAUAUAUUGAAACUAUAUUAUUUCCCUCAACUGGAGAAGAUUCACAAUCUCAAUAUGUCUGUGUUACACUUGUUGUUCAAUUACCUUAUGGUUAUCCGGAUAUAUCUCCCAAUAUUAGCUUAAGAAAUCCAAGAGGAUUAGAUGAAGAUACAGUAAGGUUAAUGCAAUCAGAUGCUGAAGCUAAAUGUAAAGAUUUUAUUGGACAGCCAGUAAUGUUUGAGUUAAUUGAGAUGAUUAGAGAACAUCUUACAAGAAGCAACUUACCUACAGAUCAAUGCGCUGUUUGCUUAUAUGGUUUUCGAGAAGGUGAUGAAUUUACAAAAACAGAAUGUUAUCAUUACUUUCAUUCUCAUUGCUUGGCAGCACAUGUUGCUGCAGCUGAACGCUAUUAUAGAGAAGAGCAAGAGAAGCUACCACAAUGGCAACAAGAUACUACUAAUAAAUUUCAGGCCAUUUGUCCUGUUUGCCGGGAAUCCAUACAUUGUGAUGUUGAAAGUUUAUGGUCAGCUCCACCUCCUAUAGAUGUGGAAGCUGCCACAGACUUUUCAGUUACUGCAGAAUUAAAAGAGCUUCAAAAGCAAAUGGCUGCAUUAUACUUGAGACAACAACAAAGGGGUGGUAUCAUUGAUUUAGAAGCGGAAGGAGUAAAAAUGUUGCUAAGAACCGAAGAUGAUAAUGCUGUUUCUACAGAGAGACUCAAUCCACCUAGCACUAGCUUAAACACAUAUGCAAAUCAAUCUACUCAAUCAGUCACUCAAGUGCAAUCUUCAAAUAAUACUCAAAACCAACCACGACAAUUUCAUCACAAUCAUCAUGGGCAUAAUAAUCAUGGACAUAAUAAUCAUGGACACCGUAACAGAGGUAGAGGACGUGCCCAUUAUCGUCGCCAAUUUGAUAAAAUGAGGCAUACUGAAACUACUCCCAGAUGACAAUGGGCUCGAGAUAAAAUAUUAACUGCCUGGUCAUUUACUUUGCUAAGCGUAUAUAAUACAGUUAGCAUAAUCAUAUUCAUAAAUGUAAUAUACCGUAAUUAUCUAACUUUAAAUUAUCUUUGUGUGAUAAAGUUAUAGGUGUUAUUGUUCAGCAGUAUUCCCAUUGCACUGGUGUAUAAGAUGGGAUGUGUUGAAAGUUCUAAGGACUGUCUACAUAGACUGAAGCCAUGGUGCUCUUUAAACUGCAAGUGUACAGAUUUUUUAAUUCAGUUUCCAUAUUUUUACAUUCCUGCAAUUAUAACAACUAUGGAAAGAUUCUUAAUUAAAAGAACUGUGUUAAAGAUAUUUUUACGGUGCUUUAUAAUUAGAAAUUAUCUUAAAAGUAGCAGAUAUAUUAGUACCCUGCAUAUAUCUUAAAGUAACAUUUCAAAGUGGUUCUUAAUUUAUAAUGUAAUAUGUUGAACAAUACUCAUUUAAUUAGAGUGACUGUAAUAUUUUUUGUAAGAAGAAGAGAACAUAUUAUUCAUAUUUGGAAUUUGCUAAUAUAAAAAUACAAAUGUAAAAUAUAUUACUUUCAUUCAUAAAUCAAUUAAAAUUAUCUAAGUUAUGUUAUAUCAAAAUCAACAUAUUCGUCUAAGCUCCUGUAAACAUUGUAACUUUGUAUUUAUAUUAUUCUUGUUUUAUGCAGGAUAAAGGCAUUGUCUAUUGUAGAUACUCCUUUAACAUAUAUAAAUUGAAAAAAAGUUGUUAAUAGUUUUAAUCUCUUCCACAUGAAUGUGAUACUUACAAAAGGGUAAUAGUAGGCUAAAAAAAAGGAACUUCAGUAUAUAUUAACAUUGAUUAAUUUUCAAUUAGAAAAGACAUUAUGAUAUACUUCAGUCUUCUAUCAGAAAUAUUAUCCUCUUUAAUGAAAUAAUUAAUUACAUGACAAUGAUUGUUGUAUUUUUCAUGUUAGUUUAAAUAUUAAAUUUCAAAAAUACUGAUAAUGGUCAUUUUGAAUUGACUGUGUCGAAAACAAAAGAAUAUGGAAAAUAGAAUUUUUUUAAAUUGAUUAUAGGUAUAAAAAAAUGUUUUAUUGAUAGAAAGAAGAACUUUAUCAAUAUCUUUUUAUUUAAUAUUUUGUCUAGCCUAUGUGCCCGUUAAGUCUAUUUAAUAUUAAUAUGUGAGUGAUAGACAUGAUACCUGAUCUAAUUGCAUCACUUUUAAAAUAUUUGUUUUAAUUUUAACUAAAAAAAAAAAGAAAAAAAAAGGAAAAAAAAAGAAAACGAAAAAAGAAAAAAAUUUUAGCUUUUAUCUAAUAACAUAGUAAUCAUUAUAUAUAUUUCGCAAUUCUCUUUAUAAUUUCAUUAUUUCGCUUUGCAAUGUUGUGUUCAAUAUCUCAGUGUUCAAAAGCUUAAACACAGUAAUCAUGUUAACGCGUUCUUGUGUACUGGGCAGUAUAAUAUUAAAGUAUUUAAUACUUGGAAAUAUAUAUAUUAUUCUAUAAAAAUUUUUUGGUAGAUAGUCAAAGUAAAAUGUUGUUAGUACGACAAUGUUUCUCAAAUCCUGGAUUUGUGGCUUAUGUAGCCAUUGUUCCUACAUGUAAUAUAACGAUACAGUAUAAUUAUAUUUGUCAACUAUUUCAAUUUGUAAACACCAAAGACUGCCGAGUUUAGGAAAAAAAAAACAAAAAAAAAAAAAUCAAUUAAUUUGAUAUACAGGGUGUCGCAGAUAAAAUCAACGAAUUUACCGAUUGUGUUUGAAAAUAUAAAAUAAAAUGUCUAUAUAAACAUGGAUUCACAUUAUUUAUCAGAAAAUAAACAUUUGUAGAACCAUGUUUAUGUAAACAUUUUUUUUUUGUUUUGUUUUCUCUAAAAUCUUUAAUACGAUUGCUCAUUUUAAAACAUUUUUUUUCUGGACCACUUUGAGAUCUGUUUAAAGUAUGCAGCUUUAUUAUUAUUAUUUUUUUUUUCUUUUUUACUUUAUUUUAUUUUGUACUAUAAUUAUCUGUGAUAUUUUGCAAACGUGGAUAUUAGAAUCCGAAUUUCGGCGUAUGAUAGACAUGAUACUAUUAUGUUGUUAGAAUUAUUAUUAAAUUUUAUUAAAUUGCAAUUACGUACAACUCUUUCUACUUUAUUUUAAACUUCAAUUAUUUAACAUAAUUUAAAAUAAUUUGUGUAAAUUACACAAUUAAAUAAUUACAUCUCAUUAAUGAUAUUACACAUUAAGCAAUAAAUAGGUAAACACUGUUAAUAAAUAUUUACUUAGUACUGCCAAAAUCCGGAUUCAAAUGAUUAUUUAGUUUUUAUUAUAAUAUUAUGGUAAAUGUAAAUAUUUCAUAUGGAGAAUUAGAAAUUGAGAACUAAUUACAUAUAUUUACUUUAAAUAUUUGUGGUAAAUAUAUGAUGUUUUAAAUGUUAUCAUUUAUAGAAUUAUACUUUCUAUUUUAUUUGAUUUAUAUUUAACCUUAUAACUUAUAUUUACAUAAAGAUCAGUUCCUUAUUUGUAAACAUUUUACAAACAAUACUAUUUAAUUUUUUAUAAGAUAAAAAUUUUUUUACAUUAAAUAUCAUUUAAUAUUUUAGAUAAUAUUAAGUAAUUUUCUUUUUUUAAUUAUGUAUCAUUACCUUAAACAAUAUAAAAAAUUGCAUUCUCUCAUAUAACAGUUCGCACAAUUCAGUGGUAUUUCAUCAAUACGUUAGUGUCAUCUUGCAUGAAAAUAUGAACAUUUACAUUUAAUAAAAGUAUGCUUAUUGACAGAUUCUUUAGAAUUUAUAAAAUAGCAUAGCAAUGCUAUAAACUAAAUAUAUAUAGCAUAUAAUAUGUAUUCCCAAAUUGAUAGUUGCAUGAAUAUAUCGGUAAUUUUUAUAGUUGUGCAAUCAAAAUAAUUUCAAUAAAAUCUAUGUAAAAAUAAUAUAUUAAAGUCAAUAUUAGAGAGUACAAAUGGAGAUAUUAUAUUUUUAUUUCUUGAUUUUUUUUUUUUUUUUUUUUUUUUUUUUAUUAUAGAUAUGAAUAGAAUGAUCAAGUGAACUUAUAAUGUUAAUAAAUAUGUAUGGAUAGUUUUAAUUUUAUGCAACAAUAAGUUUAAUAUUACAGUGUUGAAUAUAGUAGUGACUAUUCUUUAUUUAUAAAAAAACAUUAAAAAUUUUAAUCAAAUUUAUUGAUUAUACAAUUCUAAUUUAUAUAAUCUAUUUUAUUUAUAUGCUAACAUAGUUAAAUAAAAUCGAUUAUAAAAAAAUUUAGAAAUUACAUAAAAAAUGAAUAAAAAUAAUCCAGCAAAAAUAUUACAUUAACGCUCCCAUGUUAUAUACAGUGCCAUAAGUAUUGCUAUAUUUUAUAACAAGAAUUAGUUUAAUUAGUUAUGAAUCUGAGUGAAUUUUGUAAUAAUGUCCAAAUUUUUACUUUAUAAAGAUUUUGGUAACAUUUGUAUAUAAUAACUGCAUGUGUAUCUAGUAAUUAUGCAUGCAUAGAACUUAUAAAAUUUGAUGAUAAUAGAAGUAUAAACAAUGUUUGUGUAGUACGUUUUUAGUUAAUUCUAAUCCAAUAUUGGCCACCCUUAAAAGUUUCGUUAUUUGAAAUUACUGUAUUUAUAUAGUAACAACCCUAUAUGAAUAUAUGAAACUAUAACCCUGUAUAUCAUUACAUACGUAAUAUACGUGUAUAUUAGCUUAUAUAUAUAUGUAUAUCUUUUAGCUUAUUAUAUCUUUUUUUUUUAUAAUGUUUUUAAUAAUAGUAAAUAUAAUAAAUAGUAAAAAAUUAAAAAAUUUAAUUAUAGAUUAUAAAUAAAUUAUUGCAAUAUUAUAUACGUACGUAAUAUAAUUACAUUUGUUUUUUGAUUUGCCUUAUAAAUACGGAAAUGAAAUAAAAAAUUUUUUUUUCUA